AUCCAUUGUUGAGAAAUAAUAUUACAAUAAAUACAUAUAACACGAUCGCUAAUAUUACACGCGAAAAAUCCAGCUUCGAUCAUUUGUUUUUUUCGAUGGUAAUUGAAGUGCCCAAUGUGAAAACGUUCGUUUACGUGUAUCCCUAAUCAUUUCAAUUUCAACAAGGUGUUUGGUCACGGAUGUUUCUGAUGUAUCACAGAUGAUGUGGAUAAUUGUAGAUUCAAUAACAACUUCUUUUGUCCAUUUUUGAUUAAUGUACAAGAAUCUUUAGAAUAUGUUUCUGUUGAUUGUUUAUGUUGUUCGCUGCACCCACAUUUUUUGUAAUAUCAACAUUGAUUUUUAAACUAACAGUGGUAUUAUUAUUAUCAUCGCUUGGCAAACAUUUAUUCUGAAACAAAACAUCCACAGUAAAUUCUUUCUAUAGUUUGAAUCUGGACUAAAACAAAAUGUCCACUAUAAGGAGAUACACACAUGAACGUUUUUCUUCUUGUAAAAGAAACUCCCCAGUCCUCAUGACUGUCUCCGCAAGGGUCUAGUCUGCAAAACGUAUUUCAAAGAUAUUCAUUACCUUUUGAUAUUUUCCCUUUUUCUCCUAUUACACGUUGUUAAAAGACCAUGACUACUUUUGGUCGAAAAUUUUCCAUAGAACAAAACCUUUUGCAACACCAUCUGGAUUUAUAUUGUGAAAAAAAAAUAGCUACAUGGUACAAUAAAGUCAAAGGAGAUACUUACUGUAUAAAAUAACUAUAACGAUCACAUUUGAACUUAAUUUGAUCAAAGUGUGCAGUUUCAAUAUCGAGAAACCUAAAUGAACGAGCUGUUGUAUUUACGUUUUAUAGUUAUUGUUGAUGAUGAUUCUUGGAUAAAUAUUGGUCGUCUUAAAUCGAAUUGUUUAAAUAAACAGUAUCAUGGUGUAACAGGUAAUUUAUAUCGUGCCGAGAAACCACAUCGAAAGGGAAAAUGGGCUGUAUCACUCAAUGACUAUCCACAAGAUUUUUAUCCGACAUUUUUAGCUGGCGGUCUAUGUAUCUUUGAAAUGAAAUAUGUACACAAAAUAUAUAAGGCAGCAACAAAUAAUGCCAAUUUGCCUGCAUUAUUUAUUGAUGAUGUUUACAUAACCGGAAUAAUUGCUGAACAAUUAAAAAUUGAACGUCACAGCAGCGGAUGGGGUAUAAUUUCAUUUAAAUGUGAUCAACAUUAUUCAAGAUUUAGACUAUAUCAAUUGUUGUCUAUUUUACAAUGCAAUAUUAAACAAUUGAAACAAAUAUGGGAUCAAACAAUGACCACAGAUGAUUAUUAUAGAAAACAAAAAGUAUUUUCAGCCAUUUAUAAUUAUAUCCCUAUUGUUAUUAUUGUUUUCAUUUGCUUAAUUAUAUUAAAAAAAAUAAAAAAAGAGUUUUGUUCCUAUCAUUAUUUUGAGAUAGUUAAAGCAGACUUAUGA